AUGACUGACAGGGAGGACAGCUCCAGCAGGCCCUUGACAGAUGACCAAGAGGAAAAGAUUGCUCAGUUCUUCGAGAACAACGUAUUGUUUUAUGAUAUGCGGAACAAUGAGUACAAGAACAAGGUGAAGAGAAGACACCUGCUUGGGGAGUUGGCAAAGUCUCUUGGGUACGAAGGUAAGUUCGAGAUGGCCGACAGAAUAUACAAAAGAUUCAGGAACAUCAGGACUGAUUACCAGAAGUUAAGAGAGAGGGAGGCCAAGGGAAAGUCCGGCUCUGGCUCCUCCAAACCCUUCACCCCCCUCCAACAAUGGAAGCUUACGAGGUAUGCUUUCCUGCAGCCGUUUUAUCGUGGCAACAAGAGGCUAACGUCUUCUCAAGUCCUUGGCUCGAUUCCACAGCCGGAGACUUCAGACGACCAGGAUUCCGACUUGGAGAGCUUGGCCAGGAGGCCAGACAUUGGAUUCGCGUCUCCUUCCCCCAUGAAGCCAUCCAAGAAGUCCAGGAAGGCGAAGGAUAAGAACCUAACAGAAGUCCUGGUCAACCUAGUGUCGGAGAGUCAGCAGGAACUGAAGGAGUCCCAGGCUGCGUUGAUUCAGGCGAGCGGCACAUCCCAACCCAUGAGCGAAAGAGAAGCAUGGACGCAGUGGAUGGCCAGUGUCCACCACAACAUCCCCAAACAUCUGUGGCAUCAGUACCAGUCAGAAGCUUUUGCCCUUGUAAUGAAAUAUGUGGCGCCGGUCCAGCAGCAGCAACAGCCUCAGCACGUCUACAGUCAACAGGCCCAGCCCCAGUAUUAUACGCCUCCCGGGCCCGCUCAGCCUAUCCAGCAACUGCCACAGCAGCGAUUCUACCCUCCCCAACAUCAACAGCAGCACCAGACCACCCCACAGCAGCUCGGCCAACAGCAGCGACCAGUAAGUAUAAAUGUACAUACUAAGUUAUAGUACACCACUCCUGUUACCAUAUCUCAAUUUUACAAUUUCUUGCCAGUUUCUUAUUUCAAGGUGUAAUGUUUUGUGUCUUUUGUUUGUUGCAGACUCGUGUUCUAUCGGCCCCUUCCGCCACCUGGCAGGACACCAGUUCACAUGACAUCCUUGCAGGGGCCAUGGCCACCCUGCAGUCGGGGCCUCCUCAUCAUUGAUGUCACUGAACGUCAGGGGCAUGGGCGAAGGUGGCUUCUCGGACCUCCUUGGCAACAACAGCCAGCUCCAGCCCUCCGCCG